GUCCAUCCGUCAUUAAGUAAGGAAGAAGAAGAAGAAAGUGCAAGUCCACUUGCUUACUGCAUAGCGUUGAUCAUUCAAAAUAAAUUCAUAAAACAAACAUUAUUCUGUUGACAAAGUCGCUCAUUUGAAAGGAGUUGGUAGGAUAAACCUUAUUCUGUUGGCAAAGUCACAAUAUUUCAUCGGGUUCAGUCUCAUAAAGUGUCAUGAGAGGACAUUGCAUCAGCAACGCGUUGUAAGAGAAUAUUUGCUCGUGAAUCGCAUCAUUAGUCAACAGAGACGUAUUGAGCAGUUUUAAUAUGGAAGAAGGAGAACUGGUGGAAUAUUUCCGAGCGCAGAUCAGAGAAGACCCAGAUGUGGCUUCAGCGGUGGCUGCUAUACGAUCGCUGCUUGAAUUCCUCAAGAGGGAUCAAAGUGAGACGAUCCUUGGCCUGCGAGAGAACAUGACAAAAGCCAUACAUAGACUAGAAGAGACGGAUUCAUCGGUGGCGGUAUCAUCUGGAGGAGAGCUCUUCCUGCGCUUCAUCAGCCUCACCUCACUGGAACAUCCGGAUCUCUCACAAUGUAAGAAUGUGAUGAUAGAGCGAGGUGAACUCUUCCUGAAGAAAAUAUCCCUGUCUAGGGGUAAAGUGGGUAAACUGUGCCACACCUUUAUCAAAGAUGGAGCUAAAAUCCUGACACACUCAUCGUCCCGAGUGGUUUUAAAGGUUCUGGAAAAUGCAGCAGCUGAUAACAAACGCUUCACAGUAUACGUCACUGAAUCACAGCCGGAUUCAGCAGGUAAACUUAUGGCUCAAAAAUUACGCAACCUCAAUAUACCCGUCACAGUGGUGCUUGACGCAGCAGUCGGGUACGUAAUGGAGAAGGUUGACCUGGUAAUUGUCGGUGCUGAGGGCGUUGUGGAAAGUGGAGGUGUUAUAAACAAGAUUGGAACCUAUCAGAUGGCUGUGUGCUCCAAGGCGCACAACAAACCAUUUUAUGUAGUGGCAGAAAGUUUUAAGUUUGUGCGACUCUACCCUCUUAACCAGCAAGACGUACCUGAUAGAUUCAAGUAUAAAGCAGAUAUCUUGAAAACAGUGAAAGAUCUGAACCAAGAGCACCCCAUGAUUGACUACACCCCUCCAUCCCUCAUCACAUUACUCUUUACUGACCUCGGUGUGCUGACGCCCUCUGCUGUCAGUGAUGAGCUCAUCAAACUUUACUUAUGAUGAUGAUGAUGAUGACGAUGACUGCUAUUCAUAAAGCAUUUGUAUCAUUGACACCAAUCUGUAUAAGACCACAAAUGCACCAUUAAAUGAGAGACCUUUUAUUGGGAAAGUAUGUCACAAUCCUGAAGUUAAGAUUAAAUUAUCUGUUAAAAAAUAACAGAA